UGAGUCAAUGUAAGGAACGACGCAACUAAGUUUCUGGUUUGUCGCGUUUGGGUCAGGUCGGGAGCGCGUGUGUGUUGCGCUGCGCAGGCGCAGGAGUCACACGAGUGGAGUCUGUCAGUGUCCGUGAGGUUUGAGCUCACAGCUGAUCACUCUGCAUGGAGUUACAAACACAACUCUUGUGUUAUGCAUCCCUUUACGCGCAAGAAGUCAGGGGAAAUACUUCCGUGCGGUGUUUCCCUGCCUGAUCAUCCUGUGUUGUCGUCGGCUGACGGAUCUUCAGUGUGUUUGCUGUUGUAAAGUGAAGAGUGAGAGCGGAUUAACGGGGCGGUCGGGCUUCGGUUUUCGGGUCUUGGGAUCAGCUGUUGUCGGGUUUCUCCUCCGGGAUGGCCCUAGCGCGACAGGACUACAUUGCCCCGUGGUGGACCUACUGGCUGCACAAUUUCCCGCAUGUUAACUUGCGUUUCCAGUCGGUUGAUAGCGACUUUAAACCGGAGGACACCAACUAUCAGCAGACUUUGAUCUUCCUGGCCUGUGUUUCUGCCGUUGGUCUUGGCCUGAGUCUGCUGGUGCUCUCUGUGUAUCUGACCUGCCUGUUCCGCUGUCAGAGGAAAGAAGAUGAGGAGGUCAAGAGACCCGAAACCUGCUGUGUGACAUGGGCUGCUGUUAUCACCGGCCUGGUCAUAUGUUCAGCCGUGGGUGUGGGUUUCUAUGGAAACAGCGAAACCAACGAUGGAGUCUACCAGUUAACUUACUCAAUUUAUAACGCCAAUCGCACGCUGGAUGGCAUUGGCAGUAUGGUGGGUAACUCUCUGAGUAAUAUGCGGGUUGGUCUGAAGGAACACCUGGAGCGAUUGGAUGAGAUCUUCUCUCCGCGAGGAGAUUAUACCCAAAGCUUGCGCUUUCUGCAGCAGAUGUCCAACAACAUCAUCCAGCAGCUGACGGCCAUGCCAGACACCAGCAAGGUGCAAGUGGAUUUGGCAGCCAUCUCGGACCAAACUGCAUUCAUAGAGUACUACAGAUGGUUAGCGUAUCUUCUGCUGCUGAUUUUGGACCUGCUCAUCUGUCUUAUAACAUGCCUGGGAUUGGCAAAGCGGUCUCGGUUGCUGCUCGUAGGGAUCAUGGUGUUUGGGGUUUUGACCCUGAUCUUGAGCUGGGCAUCAUUAGGAGUGGGUACUUCUACUGCUGUGGGCACCAGUGAUUUCUGUGUUGCUCCCGACAAGUUCAUUGUAAAUCAAACCAAAGACUCCUUAAGCUCAGAUAUAGUGCACUAUUAUCUGUACUGCAGCCAGACUCUUCCCAAUCCCUUCCAGCAGUCUCUGACCAUCUUCCAGAAGUCUCUGACCACCAUGCAGAUUCAGGUGCAGGGCUUGCUGCAGUUUUCCCCUGCUGUGUUUCCCACUGCAGAGAGAGAUUUGCUAGGAAUUCAGCGGCUCUUAAACUCCUCUGAGUUCAAUUUGCACCAGCUCACUGCCUUACUGGACUGCCGUAGUCUUCAUAAAGAUUAUCUGGAGGCUCUUCUUGGCAUUUGUUAUGACGGUGUAGAGGGGCUCUUGUAUCUGUGCCUGUUCUCUUUGCUGGCAGCUUGUGCCUUCUGCGCCCUGCUGUGUGCCGUGCCUCGUGCCUGGACCCUCAUCGCCAUCAGGGACAGGGAUUACGAUGAUAUCGAUGAGGAAGACCCCUUCAACCCGUCACGGCGCAUCGCUGCGUAUAACCCGAGCCGAGCUCAGAUUCACAGUUUCUGCAGUUACAGCAGCAGUAUGGGCAGCCAGACCAGCCUUCACCCCCCGCUGCCGGCCACAUCCAGUACACCAGAGUACAUGAACCAGUCCAUGCUGUUUGAGAGAAAUCCUCGCUAUGAAAACGUCCCGUUGAUCGGGAGAGGUUCACCGCCACCCACGUCGUAUCCUCAGACAUUUAAAAACAACUGCAGUAUUCACCCAGCAUGAGGACCACCUACCUGUCUAUGACUGAUGCUCAAAUCCAACACAUCGGAACAGACUUCCAGGUGUAGCUUCCCGGGGUCCUCUUCCUUAAGAAGUCUCAGGCAGCGUGAGACGGUUUCCUUCUCGGCUCUCUAAAGCAGAAGGUAAUAAAGAUGUAAAAUCUGUCCUUUUCAUCCGUUCUGAUGGAACUUCUCAAAGGAGGACAGCUCAAGCACAAAUAUUUGAAGACUUCUCAAAGGCUGCAGACACUGAAGGUAGACUCUUUUCGUCUUGUGAGACGUAUGCUACCUCAGAGAUUUUUGGGUGAACUUUGAUGCCGUGUAAAUACAUGCUUUUGCUUCUCCUCAGGGGUUUGUCAUGACUCAUGUCAUUGAUAUACUCUUUCUGUAAUGACUGCUUCGGUCUGCUGUUAUUUAAAGUAAUUAUGGAAAGCUCUUAAAUGUAUUUGAGUAAACUUUAUAGUAUGAAAACAGUGGUUAAUAGGUAAGGAAAAUGAGAAAAAGUGUUAAAAAAAAGUCCACGCAAAGGCCUUGAGCUCCGUAAUGAGCCUUGAACGAAUAUUUCUCAGACUUGUGCAAUGGUUAAAUAGACAGCACAUGAUGCACGGACUCGUACUGUCUGAGAAAGUAGAUGAUCUGGUGUUGUGAUUAUAUUUUGCAUGAGAUAAAUGGGUUAUGUUUGGUGCCUGAUGUGAUUUUGCCUCAUAUAUGUGUAUGCUAGAGUAGUAAUAAGCGUUCAAAUACUGUAUUUCAUCCCAGAUAAACAUUGUUCAGCCUCUGGAAUGAAAAUAUAACAAAGCACAAUUUGUUUUUUUAAUGCAAAGAUAAUAUGCAAAGAUCUGAAAGUAUCUUUGUGAGUACACUGCAAAAAAUGAGUCUUUUUUUCUUAUUUUCCGGUAAAAAUGUCUAAACAUUCUUGAAUGUUCUUAAACAUUUUUUGAUGAGCAAAC